AUGGGAUUGUUUAGCAAGGAGACAGUGAAAGAGCCUCCUAAUCGCUCGAAGAGAGAAAAAUGCUGGGAAAGCAGGGAUAUUUAUUUCAGAUGUUUGGACCGGAUUGAGGUGGAGAACCCAUUUGACAAGACCAAACAAGAUAAAAUCAAAAAAAAUUGCUCCAGUGAGGAUGCGCAGUUCUCCAAAGACUGUGUGACUUCUUGGGUCAAGUAUUUCAAAGAGAAACGUCCAUUUGAUAUUAAGAAGGAGAGGAUGUUGAAGCAGGCAGCCGAGGAGAAUGCUGAAAUCAUCCCAUUGAACAAGUAA